UAACCCUUCCGACUUUUAUCAUGAGGGCUCUUCAGGUGGCUACCUGCCUAGUACUCAUCGUAUCACCGUACUGGAUUGUCUAUACCAAAUCAUCGCUAGCACAAAAUGUAAAUAACGGAUGGACCGCAUUGCGGUCCUGUGGAUACUACGUAGCGGCAAAUGCCGUCAAGGUAUUCAUCAUGGCAACCGGUAUACCGGAGCUUGUAGGUAACUAUAUCUUCACUGAGGAUAUCGUCAUGGCAAUCCUCAACUCGGCUCUAUACCUGGGAAUAAUGUUGCCUCUGCGCGGGAAGACUAACGCCAGCACUAACGUCAACAAUAUCGUACUGGGCAUUGGCAUAGGAUGGUCAGUGCCCGAAAAUAUCGGAAGGACGGUGUUCCAAACCGUCAGCACACUGAGCAACGCAGACGAAACCAAUAUGUUCCUUUACGAGGCGUUCCAAGCACAUUUGCACAUACUGGUCUCAAUCAUCGUUACAGCAUUGCUCUUCCUCUGGCAACGUGAUAGGUCCAAGAGACCCCUUUGUGCGUUUAUGGUCUUUUUAGCAAUGAUAUGCGGACCUACAAUGUCAGUAUUCAACAAAAUCGGUGAAGAAGUGGUUAUUUCCAACAUCAUCAUAAUGGCAUCACAAAUGGCAUUGGCACUCGUUAUCGGCACAAUUGUCAAACGUAUGCACAACUGGAUCCAGACAACGGAGAAACGGGCGUAAUGUCGUAUUUGAUU